UCCUCCGGGCCGAUUGGCGCAUGCGCGGAACUCACUGACUUCUGCAGUGUGACAGCCGGCCAGAAAAGAAGAAGGGAUGGCAGCUUACAAGAUCGUCCUGAUCCGCCAUGGGGAGAGUACCUGGAACCAGGAGAACCGCUUCUGCGGCUGGUUCGAUGCUGACCUCAGCGAGACUGGAGCGGACGAGGCCAAGCGAGGGGGUCAGGCUUUGAGAGAUGCUGGCUACCAGUUUGACAUUUGCUACACAUCCGUUCUAAAAAGGGCUAUUCGCACCUUAUGGCUGGCACUGGAUGCCACUGACCAGAUGUGGUUGCCCGUCUACAGGAGCUGGAGGUUGAACGAGAGACACUAUGGUGGACUGACUGGCCUGAACAAAGCAGAGACAGCCGCUAAACAUGGAGAGGCUCAGGUUAAGAUCUGGAGGCGAUCUUAUGAUACUCCUCCACCAUCCAUGGACCCAGAUCAUGAUUAUUACCAGAUCAUCGCCAAGGAUCGCCGUUACAGUGACCUGACAGAAGACCAGCUCCCGAGCUGUGAAAGUCUGAAGGACACCAUUGCUAGAGCCCUGCCAUUCUGGAAUGAUGAAAUCGUUCCAAAGAUCAAAGAAGGGAAGAGGGUCCUCAUUGUUGCUCACGGCAACAGCCUUCGAGGAAUCGUCAAGCACUUGGAAAAUAUGUCAGAGGAACAGAUCAUGGAGCUGAAUCUGCCCACCGGUAUUCCCAUUGUGUACGAGCUUGACAAGAACCUGAAACCCAUCAAGCCAAUGCAGUUCCUCGGAGAUGAAGAGACCGUGCGCAAAGCCAUGGAGGCAGUGGCUGCCCAAGGAAAAGCCAAGAAGUAAAGGGUUCAUCCCAGAGAACCACCGGCUUCCAUCCCUUAGUUUACUUUUUAUCUAGACACCUGGCGGCUAGGGAUUCUGAAAUGCAGCUGUAUCGGAAACCUUGCAUCUAGGCAGCCGCCCAUUCACUUGUCUCUUUAACCAUCUCCAAUAUUGCAUCUCUCCAGUGCGUUCUGUUCACCCAGUUUGUAGUAAGACUAGCUAGAAUAUUGUUUGUUUGCCGGAAUGUUGAUCAUAAAACACAUCACUUAUUGGCACAUGGCAACCAG